AUGCUCAUGCAAUGGGGACACCUUUGGCGAUGGGUCAGGGCCGGCGCAGUGAUUGGCAUUGUGUGGAUGCUCUACCUCGCGAUGCGCUCGUCCUGGGCGCCGUUCGACCCAUUGAGCCCGACCAAGAACUGGAACUCGGGCCAGAUCAGCCGGCACGACAGCUGCCGCCGCCACGGAUGGAAGUCGUUCAAGCCAGCAUCCGAAGACACGCCGCGCAAGGUGUACGACCUCAUCAUGGUCAACACAGAGCUCGACUGGCUCGAGAUCCGCCUCAACUCGACCUGGCACGCCGUCGACUACUACGUGCUCGUCGAGGCCGCCCGCACCUUCACCAACCUGCAGAAGCCGCUCGUCCUGCAGGACAACAUGGCCCGCUUCGAGCCCUACCGGUCCAAGAUCAUCUACCACGAGGUGGCGUUCCCCCCGGGCUUCGUGGCCCACCGCACCUGGGACAUUGAGGACCUGCAGCGCAACGCCAUGCUCACCCAGGUCUUCCCCAAGCUGGCCGGCGCCCAGGCGCCCACGUACGGCGACGUCAUCGUGGUGUCGGACGUCGACGAGGUCCCCCGGCCCGUCACGUACGCGGUGCUGCGCGACUGCUGGUUCCCGCGGCGGCUGACGCUGCGCAGCAGCUUCUACUACUACAGCUUCCAGUACCUGCACCGGGGCGAGGAGUGGGGCCACCCACAAGCAACCUACUACCAAGGGUCGCGGACGGUGCUGCCCAACGACCUGCGCGUCGGUGACGGCGCGUGGCCGUUCAAGUGGCUGGACCAGGGCAGCCUGGCCAACGCGGCGUGGCACUGCUCGUCGUGCUUCGCCACCGUCGACGAGCUGCUGACCAAGCUGUCGUCGUUCGCCCACGUGUCCAUGAACGCCGACGAGUUCCGCGACCGCCGGCGCAUCGCCGACCGCGUCCGCAACGGCAGGGACCUCUGGGACCGCCCCGGCGAGCUGUACGACCGCAUCGACGACAACAAGGACGUGCCGAGCUUCCUGCUCGACAACAGGGAGAGGUUCCGCUACCUGCUGGACCGUGACGGCCCCACCGCCGGCUUCUCAGACUACGAAGAUUAA